AUGCCCAGGAAGGUGAAGACUAAAGUGUCACAGAAGCCGAAGGCUGCGAAGGUGUCUCCAACACCGAAGAACGAAAGGGAACGGCCGAAGAAUGUUGAUGCGUCGGGGAAGGCUGCGAAGUUAUGCACCGAAGAACCCACUGCACCAGUUAUUGUUCCAGAGGAGGGUACUUCCCUGAUGGAAUCACUGUUCACGGCCCUCGCAGGUGGUGUUUCACCUUCUCGUGUGGCUUCUGAUGUCCUUCGUCUCUACUGUGAGGGAAAUCGGCAGGAGUUAUGCGCUGCCAUUUUGAAUUUAGUCGGUAAGGUAUCGGGUGUAGUGGAUGGUGAGUUGGGCGCCGCCGCAGUGGAAGGAAAUACGGAUAUGAACACACUUCUUGAUGAAAUGUUUGCGCAUGUGCCAGAAAAUGCCCCUGCUUACUUGUUUUCGCAAAGAGAUCCUAAGAGCCAGAAGUUGCGAAUCGCUUACGGACAAUUUUUCAUGCGUCUCGUGGAGCUCUCCUAUAGCGAGAACCUAAUGUUCGACCAAUUUCUACUGCCAACCGUUGUGGCAUGGCUCGUGGCCAUGAGCGAAAGCAAAGCCCGCUGUUUCCGGCAUACAUCCACGGCCACUCUUCUAUACGUUGUUGAUGCGCUCAGUUGCGUUAUACAAACUCUCAACGGUCAGGUAUGCGCAGACAAACGCAACAAGAAACAUGCUGAUGCAAAGCAGCGGGUCAUUCAAGCGGUAGUGGAGCAGCGCAACCAAAUAUUAACUCAGACUGUUCAUCAGCGGGCUCGUGACGUGGCACCUGAAAUUCGUUUGUUGGUAUUUGAGAGCCUGAAGGGUUGGAUCCUAAAGUUUGACGAGGAAUUUGCUGAGAACAAGUACUUCCGCUACUUUGGCAUGGCGCUGUAUGAUAAGCGUCCGGAGAUACGUGCCGAGGCCCUCGCGAUGAUUCAGGAGACGCUCGACUCCAUACCAGACAGCGGCAGCCGGAUGUUCCUUUUCCUCCAGUACUUUUCCAAGCGUCUUGUUGAGAUGUGUAAUGAUGUCAACCUACAUUGCUCCCAGUUGGCGAUCGGUGUUAUCCGUCGAAUUCUACGAAUAUUCUCUGCUGAAGCAGAAGAUAAGCAGCUUCUCAAUAACGAGAUGAUCGACAGUGUUUUGCUCAACAUCUUUAGUGAAUGCCCAACAAUCCGACGCGAGGCUGGUGCCCUUCUCCAUGAUUUUAUUGAAACACGCCUUCCCACUGAUGAGCGUGACGAGAGUGCUGGCCUCCAGGCCAUGACAGAACUGCUGUGCACAUUUGCUGCCAUGCUCCGUUCACAGCACGGAGAGAUGAUGCCUGAGAGAUAUAUUGUUGAUUCCCUCUACACACCUCCGCAAGAUAUACCCCCGCUACUAAGAGAGUAUGGGCCGAUAUUGAAGCUCGCUCAGUCCGACGCCGCCACAGACGUAGUUGUUGCCCUAGGUUUUUUGUCAGCGCUGCUCGAGAAAUUGCGCGGUCGUACAGACUUGGGACCAAUUCCCAAGGAUGACCGUAAGGGUGCGCAAGAAAAAAAAAUCAGUGCAGACAAGCAAGAGGCAAUCACCGCGGUGAUCGGGUCGAUGAGCCGCGAUGUAGGUGUUGUGUUGACCGGUGUUCUGGAGAGGCAUCGAAGUGAUGUGGCAGUGGUGGGUGCCGUCGCGGCCGUUAUUUCCGCUAUGGAUAUGGAAGCUUUCAUAUCACUGCAGGAUGUUUCUCAAAUUAAGUCACUCCUGGUGCUGAUGCGCAAAGUUACUGCUGCACUUCCGCACAGUGAUCAACUUUCUCUUGUUCCAAUAACAGGUGCAUGGCACGCGUUGGUAUCCGAGGAGCAUCCCUUGGUAGUGGAGGCGAAGGGUCAACUUCAGGAGUUGCGGCGACAAGUUGUCAAGCAGCUGACAGCAAACGGUAGUACGCCUUCACGCGCCAGUGGCGAGGCAUGGGAGAGGGAACAACUGCAUCUGUGGACUAGGGUAAGUAUUGUUUCGUCAUUGGUACCGAUGGGGGAUUUGUUGACCCUCUUCAAGUCAUCUUUCCUUCAUCAUGUGGAAGCGCGGGCAUCUCCAGAACUUAUCCAACUUGUUUUGACGAGUUUGGUCCGUUGUGUUUUGUGGCAACUCCGUGAGGCGCAAGAGCAGACACACGAACAUAGAGAACCGACAACACCGGGCGGUGCCGAUGAUAGCGGCGUCACGUCCGAUGUAAGAGAUGUCAUUAGUCAAUUGAUUGGAGAGCUGUUUCGUUGCGUUUCACUUAUGUGGACAGCUUAUGCCGAGCAUGUGGGGGCAGAUGCAACUGGGUUAUUGGUUGAUGGCAUGCUCAUUUUGUGUGACCUUUGCGUGCUUCCCCACUAUAUCCUUUCAGAAGCGGAAAGGAAUGAGGUGUUGGAUAGAUUUGCGCAGUUGUCGCAGUUAUUGGGAUCGAAGGUGACCAGUGCGCGGGAAGAGUUAAAGAAGGCAGAAGCUGGAGCACUUGAGGGUGACCAACCUAUUCCCUUGGCGCCACUGCGCAGAAAAGUUUCAUACCUGGAAUCGUCACAAAUGCGUGUGAGUAUGGGAGUUGCGAGGUUGAUGAUGCUGAAGAGACUACCAGAGUCUGCUGGUCCGCGAGUUCUUGCACAGUGGGGUCAUGCACCAACAAAGGCGGUGUCGGAUAUUUUUAGGUGCCUCUUUCGUAAGUUGCGCGACCACAGCGGUGACAGCCUCUCGUUGGAGUGGUCAGUUCUGUUGGCUGCUCGUGAGCAAUCCGCUGACAGCCUCUCAGCGGUUGGAGUAAAGCUAUCUUCUAUGCACUGGCCAUUACCUGACAAAUACUAUUCUGCAUGCGUCGGCAUCGUCCGCUGUGGUAUUGAAUUUGCAGCAACUGUAGACCCUACAGUCCUCCUGGCUUUGGUACCAUAUUGCUCCCGAUUGUUGAGGAAUGAUGCGGUUGCAUUAGUCAGCAUCCUAUCACAACGGGAGAAACUGGCCUCAAGUACGGAUCACACGGUGAUGGCCUUCGUAUCUUCCCUACGCCGUGCUGCUAAGCUGGAUGGCACACCAAACAUACUUCCUGCCAGCGUUACCAAGCGGCCACGCGAUGUUUCCCCGAGCUUGGAUUUAUGCGGAAACUCUCUGCCCGAGCACAUGCCGGCGCCGAGGUUCGCAGGGAAGGGUGGCGUGUCGCCACAAACCGGGGACCAGCGAUCUUCUUUGGGGACUCAUUGGGUUGGUAAUCGAAUGCUGUCGGCAGACGGCUGGCGCAUACCCCACAAGGAGGUUGGGACUAAUUUAUCAUGUGCCGGCAAAGUGGGGAUGGAAGGCAGCAACUUGACUGCCUCUUCUGUGGAAGGGGAGUUUAUUGGGUCUUCACAGGAGACUCACUCGGUGAUGGGGAGCCUCCCAACAGUAGAUACACCGACCUUGACUUUAACGCAACGUACAAAUACCUCCUGUCUUGAUGGUUUUGACAACAGCGAAGUUUUCAUCGCAACGAUGGAAUACGAAUAG